AUUACAUAUAUAGCUGAGGAUUUUUCUUUGGCUGUGAGCAGCUGUCAAAAAGUAAAAAAUACACAAUGUAGAUAGAAAUAAUUAUUUUAAUUGAUACACAAAUGACAAACUCUAUUGGCAAAGGUUGGGCAGCAGGCCUUGUAUCGGCAAUAAAAGAUCCUAAGAACUGUAUUAUAUCCUCGGAAGAUGCAGUAGUAAUACGCGAUAAAUACCCAAAGGCGCAACAUCAUUAUCUCGUGCUGCCAAAGGCAGACAUAGCGGAUAUAUUCCACUUAACUCUCAGCCAUUUACCAUUACUAGAGGAGCUAUAUUUGCUUGCCCAAAAUGUUAUCGAAGUGAAGCGCUGUGUAAUGGAUGAUUUUAAAAUCGGUUUUCAUGCACAGCCUAGCAUGCAACGGUUGCAUUUACAUGUAAUAUCCAAGGAUUUUGUCUCCGACUGCCUAAAAACCAAGAAGCACUGGACUAGUUUUAACACGGAACUAUUUUUACCCUAUCAAGCAUCGCCGUAUAUGUAUGGAGAAUAUAUAUGCUGCUACAACAACAACUUCCAUAUUGUACAAACAGUAAUCUUUUGCCCAUUUAGAUGUUACAACACGUUUAAAAACAGACGGCUGCAUCAAACGGCUCACCAAAGAAAAAAUACAACAGUUGACUACCUGUGCGCUAGAAUGCAAUCAAUGCGAGUUUGUACCGAAAAAUGUGCCUGAUUUGAAGCGGCAUUUGUUUGAUCAUUGGACACAAAAGCGAUAGGACAAUCGAAAUGUAAAACUUAUAUUGAAUUUUAACUCAUCUUCAAUGCAUUCUUAGCAAGAGUGUGUAGUGCUUUGGCUUAGCAUGCAGUAUCUCAGAUCCGAGUCGAAGCAAAAUUCUUAUGUGAAAAUGUGGCGAUAUCAAAAAUGGCAUGUUAACUAUCGCUGUUCAUUUACGAAUCUUUAACAUAAUUAAAUGGCGUUCAGUUCGAAAAA